AUGGGCAGUUGUUGUUCGUGUUGUAGAAGGAAAGAAACCGACUUGAAUCUCUCAGAAGCGCUAAUGCCUAAAAUCACGUACGAUUGCAGAGGAUUUAGUAUACACGAUAUGGCCCUAUUAAACAAGCGUCAUGACCCUAAAGGUGCUGCCGCAUAUGCUAAAUAUCGUUAUUACGGAGAUGUACAGAUCAUUCCGACAGAACGACUAUUCCAACAAAUGGAUGUGACAUCAAUUAUAAAAGAUGAAUCAUUCUCGCUUAAUUCUAACGUGGCUGAAGUAAAAGAUGUCGUUCGAAUAUUAUUCGUUAAAGAAUACGAUGAUCCAUUCUAUCUCCGUUUACUGGAGAAUAUGUUACCACCAGAUGAGUUUGAAGUGGUGGAUGAAACGCAAACAGGGUCAAAAGAACAAGUGAAGACGGCAUUAACGCAGAAGUCCAGUGGAAAAGGUGGAGGAGGGACAGAACGAUUGUCGGAUUCGGGCACAAAAAGUGGAGAGUCAGCAGUUCUGGGGCCAAUAAAGUCGGCAGAAAAAUCGAAUAAAGCUAAAUCAUUUGAGAAGCAGAGCAAAGAACGAGUACCAAGUAAAAAGAUACUUCCUGUUAGACCAAAAGAAGGAAAUGAUAAGAGAAAUGGAGAGGAUGAGAAGGGUAAAUAUUCGAAAGAUGAAGAGAGGCGUCUGAGAACCGAACCCACCAUGCCGACAGAAGAAACCUAA